AUGCUCUCUCGGUUGUCUCCUACCACCAUAGGAGUGCAGCAGCGAUCAGCAGUAUUCCUCCUCCUGAGCCGGUCAUUCAGUCGAGGGCCCGCUCAGGGUGUGGUGGUCAUCCCAAAGGACAGGGACUUCCCGGACCCGCAGGAUGAGGCCGACUUGUUCGAGGCUGGCUUCGUGCCGGCUAGGUUUGCCCGACCGGUGCUGCCUGAACUUAGACGGAUUCAUAAUCUUGAGCCUGAUAUGAUUCCUGAGGUCUAUGAGAAGCUGGCGGACAUGGCAAAGGAAGAUCCGUCGUCAGUUGAGAUGCACUUUGCUGAUUGGGAAGCUCUGAUGCGGUAUACCAUCAAGAACCAACACUGCCUCAUGCCAGAGCAAGUCGCCUCCAUCAUUGCGAGCCUUGCGAAAAGCAAGAUGCGGAAUAAGGAGCUAGUGCAGGCGCUUAAUCACAGGAUUCGGCGUACCGUUCAUGGGCUUACAUCAAUAGAGCCGAUGACCGAGAUGGUCUAUGCUUAUCAGGAAAUGGGCUGGAGAGCUGCUACUACUAUAAGGGCUUUUGCUAAGUUCUUAUACGGCACUAAAGCCGGCAUUCCGAUAAGGCAGGGCUUCGGUCCUCAUGACCUGACAGGGUUCACUUGCGCCUUCUCGAGGUUGCAUAUUAAACCGAAAGGAUGCAAAGUUUUUGAAGUUAUGUGGAAGGACUUUGCGACGAGUCAACUGCCGCGGUUGGCGAGACAGAUGGACCCCCGACAGUUAGCAGCGACGCUCAACGCCUUCGUGCAGGUUGACUAUAGGGCCGAUAAUGCGUUUGAUAUUACAGCACGGAAAGCAGCAGCUAAGCUGGGGAUAUAUAAUGAAGCGGGGAGUGGGCAGGACCCGCAUAAUGGUGAGAUGAAUACAAGUGCCGCUGAUCCCGUUUCUGUGGCUUUCACAGUGUUGUUCGGAUAUUGGCGACCGAGGGAUGUGGCUCUUCUCAUCAACUCCUAUCACAAGUUCCGGAUACGUCCUUUGCCACUGCUAGCCGCUGUCUCUGACUACACUGUUGCCAAUGCAAAGAACUUCUGUCCCCAUUCGACCUCUCUGGUUGUCAGUGCCUUGUGUCAGCUGGACUAUAACGACAGUCGAGUAUUCGCUGCACUAGCGCCUCAUAUUUGUAGGGAAGUUCGAUACUACGACGCUCAAGAGGUAGCGAUGGUCGCUCAUGCUUAUGCGAAGAUGGGUUACCGGGAAGAGGUCCUUUUUGAGCGGCUCGGGUCGAUGUUCCUCCGUCUGAUAGGAGAGGCCGAGGGGAAGGCGUUGAGUAUGGUUUGCUACGGGUUCGCCAGAGCUGAUAUCAGGCAUCCAGCCCUCGUGAAGGCUCUUAAUGAUGAGAUCAUCUUCAGAGGCACUGUUGGCGUCCGAUACCCUCAUUUAGCGCUGAAGUUAGAGUCCCUCAGGUUGAUCGCCUGGGGGAUGUCUAAAAUGACUAAGGAUCAUGAUCAGAGAAUGUACUUCGUGCUUUAUAACAUGAUCAAGGCUAGAGUCUACGAGGCUGUUGCCAAUCAGCGGCUUAGAGAGCGUAUCGAGUUAUCAAAUGCGCGACGGCAGGCUCGGAAGAAGAGGUUGAAGGAGCCGAAGGAGGCAGACCGGGUACCAGCGGACGCAAUGUUGGCCAAAACUGAUGUUUCUCCUAAUGAUCUGUCAGCAAUACUAGCGGCUUAUGCCCGAUCUAAGAUGAACAUACAUGGUAUCUCUCAAUAUUUCUCUAAUAGAAUCUACCAUAUGGUAGAGCGGACAUCUACCUAUAAUCUUGGUUCGAUAAUGGUUGCAUUGGCCAAAUUCGAACAUAAGGAUAAGAGACUUGUUGACAAGAUCUUGAAAGAGGUUAGAGCCAGAGUAGCACAAUGCAGUUGUAGCACGUUGUCUGUAAUGGCCAUGUCCCUUGGGAUGAUGAAAGUAUACAACAGGUCUUUUAUGAGGGCAGCUACUAAGCAGGCGACGUUGCAGUUGGCUAAUUUCAAUGAAACAGAUCUAACUAACUGGUUUCUGUGCAUCGGUUCACUGAAUUAUCGAGAUGAGAUUUUUGCACGGCGCCUGGCGCAGACGGCGGCUCAUCGUUUGCAUGCCAACCUUUCUGUGAGUGGCGUCACGAUGUGCAUUGUGAAUUACCAAAAGUUGAGGAUCCACGACCCAACCUGGUUUGAUGCGGCCUACAGGAUGGUCUUCGAGAAGCAGCACCAGAUAGUCGAACCAAAGCUGGCUCCCGCCCUCCUCUAUGGCAUUGCUGUGACCGACAUAGGCAAGAGCAACCCCUGGCAAGAGGCCGCUGUGCACGCCCUUCUGGGAGUAGCCAAUCGACUCAGGAAGGAGAUGAUCUUCUCGUCGGUCAUCCAACUUCAAAUAUUCGAUCUAUGGGCUCGGUUAUUGGCCCCUAAGUCUAUUAUGGAGAAAAUGGAGAGGGAACAUCAAGAUCUCCUCGCCCGAGCUCGUGCCUAUAACACUGCCACGGAGGAUGUGAUGGGUCAAACUUCCCAGUUGCAUAGGCAGGUGUCGAAGUUCUUCACGAUGGUUGGCUUGCGACAUCGAAACGAAGUCGUCGUAGGGCCUUAUUCUAUUGAUGUGAGCGGCUUAGGUCGAGGACUUGAGCAAGCAGUUAUCUCUGUUAAGAUUCUGGUAGGGGAGUCCUUCGCGUUUGAAGUCGAUGGACCACAUCACUUCUACCGUGACACUAGCAUGAGGACUGCAUCAAGCCUGUUGAAACAUCGCAUCCUUGAAGCACUGGGAUUCACUGUUAUCCGGGUGCCCUAUCAAGAAUGGUCUCAAUGUGGCACACGGGAGAAAAGACUGCGCUAUGUGGGGUCUUUCUGGAAGCAGCUGAUCGACGCCAAGGUGGUCUCUGAGGACAUGAGCAAGGAUGUCGCACUUGGUGAUGUUCUCGAAGUUGCGAUUGCCGACAGUCAGAGCAUUGAGUCAGCCCAUGAUGUGAUCCAGCGACUCGCACGACAGUUGAGUGAGAACGACACUCGUCGACCCUUCGCCGAGGCAGCCCUUCCAGCCGACGUCGACUUGCGCCUUGGUGAUCCUAUGGAGAUUGUCAGGAGCAACGGAGCUGUGCUGUCGUCAGGCGACGAUUUACUGCCUCCUGUCGAACCUGCGGACAACGAGCCGCUUUUCUAUAAGGUCUCAGAGGACUCCGAUUUCGAAGAGCGUAUGAGAAUCCGAAAUGAAGCGGAGAAGGCGCGGCUCAGGGUCAUGAAGGACUUCGGUGACGCUGAAGAUUUGAUGGAGGCUCAGCGGGCUAAGGGAAUCAGGGGCAGUCGGGAAAUCAACUAUACUGCGGCUGAGGUUCGGGAGGAUGCUCAGAAGGAGUUGUUCGACAGGCACAAGAGGGGCAGUCCCAGAAGACUUCGCGACCAUGAAGGUUUUGCGUACACACUGGAGGACGACGACGAGGAAACUGACACUGAAAACCCAGAGGAUGAGUCGACCGACAUUCAGUGA